GCAGUCUGUUCUUCUCAAUUAAGUAUGGGCGAAUCCACAGUGAAAGUAAUCUUAUUCUCCUUAUGGAUUUCUUCUUACGCACGACUGUGAAGUAGAAAGCUCACCAUCUCUCUUAGAAGAAGAAGAACACACUGUACAUUGGUUCAAGAUCAAUUUGGCUUGGCAGAUGCCCUGUUGUUCUGGUACAAACAUUUGGUUCUCCACUAAGAUUUCUCGAUUUAAUUCGGUUCUGAUUUUAACUUGCCAAUUUAAAUCAUCAGACCGGGAUCCGGUUGUGCAGUUAUUCUUUAUUCGGACGGGUGGUGGCAGUGGCGGCGAUGGGAGAAAAACAAAGGAAGCUGCUUGUGUUGUAUGCCUCUCAGACCGGAAACGCUCUUGAUGCGGCGGAGCGUAUUGGCCGCGAAGCAGAACGCCGUGGACUGCCAGCUUCUGUCGUCUCCACCGACGAAUUCGACACGAGUUCCUUACCUCAUCAUGAGGAGGCUGUUGUUUUUGUUGUCUCCACUACAGGGCAAGGAGACUCUCCUGAUUCCUUUAAGGCAUUUUGGAGGUUUCUUCUUCAAAGAAAUCUGGGAAACUAUUGGUUGCAACAAGUUCGCUAUGCAGUGUUUGGACUAGGUGAUUCUGGUUACCAGAAGUACAACUUUGUAGCAAAGAAGCUAGACAAAAGAUUAUCAGAUCUUGGGGCCACAACCAUCAUUGAAAAAGGUCUAGGAGAUGAUCAACACCCAUCAGGGUAUGAAGGAACUCUUGAUCCGUGGAUGCUUUCUUUGUGGAGGACAUUAUAUCAGAUCAAUCCAAAAUACUUUCCUAAAGGUCCAGAUGUGAAAAUUCCUCAAGAUGAAGUAAUUGAUAAGCCUAAAUAUAGGAUUUUAUUUCAUAAGCAGGAGAAAUUGGAGCCUAAAUUAUUGUCAGAUUCAGAUAUCAUACAAAGAGCCCGUGGAAUGUCCCCAGGAAAAUUAUUCAAGGACAAAAGUAAACCAGACUGCUUUCUCAAGAUGACCCGCAAUGAAGUCUUGACUAAAGCUGAAAGCACAAAGGAUGUCCGCCACUUUGAGUUCCAGUUUGUUUCUUCUACUAUCGAAUAUGAAGUUGGCGAUGUUGUUGAGCUUCUUCCAAGCCAAAAUUCUUCAGUGGUAGAUGCGUUUAUAGAACGCUGCGGUUUAGACCCAGAAUCAUUCAUUACAGUUGGUCCGCGAGAGACAGAGAAUAGUAGUUUUAGUGAAGAAAUGAUUACACAGAUCCCUAUUAAGCUUAAGACUUUUGUUGAAUUAACAAUGGAUGUUACAUCCGCUUCACCUCGACGAUACUUCUUUGAGAUUAUGAGCUUCUAUGCAACAGCUGAACAUGAGAAGGAAAGACUUCAAUACUUUGCCUCACCCGAGGGGCGGGAUGAUCUCUACAAUUACAAUCAGAAGGAAAGAAGAAGCAUUCUUGAGGUGCUAGAGGAUUUUCCUUCCGUACAAAUCCCUUUUGAUUGGCUAGUACAGUUAGUCCCACCGCUAAAACCAAGAGCUUUUUCGAUAUCUUCGUCUCCUUUGGCCCACCCUGCCGCAGUACAUUUGACUGUAAGCAUAGUAUCAUGGAUCACGCCUUAUAAGAGAACUCGGAAAGGUCUGUGCUCCUCUUGGCUUGCAAGCCUCGCACCUGAACAAGAGGUAAACAUACCGGUUUGGUUUCACAAAGGCUCCCUUCCUGCUCCAUCUCAGUCGCUUCCGCUCAUCUUAGUGGGACCCGGAACCGGAUGUGCGCCAUUCCGUGGAUUCAUAGCUGAGAGAGCCGUACAAGCUCAGUCUAGCCCGGUUGCCCCCGUCAUGUUCUUCUUUGGUUGCAGAAACAAAGACACAGACUUUCUAUACCGCGAUUUCUGGGAGUCUCACGCAAGAGAAGGAGGCAUGCUCUCUGAAGGAAAAGGCGGUGGCUUUUACACAGCGUUCUCUAGAGACCAACCAAAGAAGGUUUACGUGCAACAUAAGAUCCGCGAAAUGAGCAAGAGAGUUUGGGAUUUACUCUGUGAUGGAGCCGCUGUUUACGUGGCGGGCUCGUCGACGAAAAUGCCUUGUGAUGUGAUGUCGGCUUUCGAAGAUAUUGUGUCGGAGGAGACAGGAGGAGGAUCAAAGGAGGUAGCUUCACGGUGGCUUAAGGCUUUGGAGAAGACAGGGAGGUACAAUGUUGAAGCUUGGUCUUAACUCUCUAACUUCCUUCAUAUGUAAUCUUAUUACAUAUAUGUUCUCUGAUUAUUUUAUUGCUGGCACAUUAAUUUUUAUUUUUAUUUUGAUAAUUCAUACAAAUUAAUUAAAAGUGAAGAUGAUGUGUCGAAGGUUAAGGUUGAUAUAGAUUUAGUUUUGAAAUACAUAUUUUUUUGUUGGUUUGUUUGUUUUUCAAAAUCGUUAAUUGGA